GUUUGUUUCAUAGUUUCGUUAAAAGUGUUUCUUAUUAUUUAGUUAAUCUUGUAUUAUUACCAGAAUGAUUGCACGAAUAUUUCAGAAAUUAACAUUAGAUUUUAAACACAGUAAUAGUAUUUUUAUGAAAUACCAUUCUAUUAACGAUCGUUCGAGUAAUGUUUCUUAUCGGAAUUUAAACACACAUUUAUUUUCUGAAAAUAAAGUAUUGCUCGGUUAUUCUUCGAACGAGCAGAAUUUCUCAAAAACACCAGGAACACCUUUGCAACGAACGGUUAUACCUAUAGUUAAUGGGCCACUAUGUUCUCAAAAUAAUACAAUACUGCCUAGAGCAAACUCUAUCAAUCAUUUCGCUACAGUAAACAGUAUUAGACAAUAUUCAGAUUCAACCUUACCUUUGAUUUUAAAUAAAGCUGUCGUAUACAACAAUGGUAUUGUUAAAAUUAUCUCUGAAAGUUAUCUUGUAGAAUGCAUCAUGGAUGCAUUGAGAGCGAUGCAUCAUAAUACAGGAUUACCAUGGUGGGCGACUAUUAUUCUUACAACAUUAUGUGCUAGAACAUUUAUAACUUUACCAUUAGCUAUACAUCAACUUCAAGUUAGAGCUAAACUAGAAAAUCUACAACACGAAAUGAAACCAAUAGCAGAAAAAUUGAAAAUGGAGGCAAGAAUGGCAGUAAAAACUUUGGAUUGGAGUCCAUCCUAUGCGACGAGCGUUUAUAAUCAAAAUGUAAGCAAAGAAUGGAAAGAAUUAAUAAUUAAAGAAAAUUGUCAUCCGCUUAAAAUCGUAGUAAUGGGAAUAUUACAAAUGCCAGUAUGGGUGGGUUUUUCAUUCGCUUUGAGAAAUAUUUGUUUCAUGUUACCGUACAGAGACGAAGUUGCUUAUCAAGAUUAUCUUGAAUUCACUAAUGGUGGUUUUGGAUGGAUGCAAAAUCUCAUAGAGAUGGAUCAUUCAUUUAUGUUACCUAUUAUUUUUGGAUUUACUGGCUUGGCCUUGAUAGAAAUUCAGAAUAUGCUAUACAAAGAAAACAACACAAAAUUUAGAAGAAUAUUGACCAAUUUUUUUAGAAUAAUAACUGUUUGCUUAGUGCCUAUAAUGGCAUAUAUACCAUCUUGUUUGACCUUGUUCUGGACGUCAAAUAAUGUCUACGCGCUUUCUCAAACUCUUCUGUUACUGUCACCAAAGAUUCGUAGAUUAGGAAGAAUACCUAAAACGGAUUCCGAAUUGCAACAUCCAUAUGCAGAAUUAUACAAAAGCGUGAAACAGAAACUUCAUUUAGAACGAAAUGUAGCUAAACAAUAA